GUUUCUUCCAUUUGCGGAGGGUCGCUAUGUCGGCCUACAAGCCGGCACCACCACCACCACCUUCGCGCGUCCACACGAGGACGACCGAGGCGCCGUUCCAGGCGGCGCCGAUCCGGAGGACCGAGAGCGGUGAGCCGCGGCGGCCGUUCCGCCAGCCGACCAGGAGUGUGGUCGUGGUGCGCUGGGGCGACGACGUCCAGCUCGACUGCAGGGUCGAGUCCAGCAACCUCAUCGUGGCCUGGUUCAAGAACGGAGACACCUUCAUCGCCAUUGAGAACAGGACAUUCAUAGAUGACAGUCGAAUCGAGGCCCAUGUCUCUGAGGAUGGUUUGAACUGGGCUCUACGGAUCCGCCGUGUGGGGAUGGACGACGCUGCUCUGUAUACGUGUCACAUGGCGCUAGCACCAGAUGACGUCAUUGAAGUCGAGCUGGACGUAAUUCCCGCGAUCGGAGACUGCGGAGAGCUCCCACCGUUCAGAGUGAGCAGUAUAUUAGGGGACAUCCUCCUACCCGACUUCGAGACAACUGCGGACAUGUGUCCUGACGAGGGCCAGAUACGGAGCUGCUGAUCGGCCCAGUCUCUCUCUCUCUCUCUCUCUCUCUCUCUCUCUCUCUCUCUCUCUCUCUCUCUCUCUCUCUCUCUCUCUCUCUCUUUCUUUUUCUCUCUCUCUCUCUUUCUCUCUCUCUCUCUCCCUCUCUCUC